AUGUCGUUCCUUGGUGGCGCCGAGUGCUCUACAGCCGGAAACCCGCUGACGCAGUUUACAAAGCAUGUCCAAGAUGACAAGUCCCUGCAACGUGAUCGCCUCGUCGGACGCGGUCCGGGAGGCAUGCAGGAAGGCAUGCGGUCUAGAGGAAUGAUGGGUGGUCAAGAUCAGAUGAUGGAUGAAUUCUCUCAACAACCCGGCCAACUACCGGGCGCUAGCCCUCAGCCCUUCGCCAUGGAACAACUCAGACGUGAACUGGACCAGUUCCAGAACGCACCCCCGCGGACAGGAUCUCCGGGCUGGGCGGCGGAGUUCGAUGCCGGUGAGCAUGCACGGAUGGAGGCCGCCUUUAAUGGGUCCCAAGGUCCGAUGAUGAACGCCCCCGCGGGAUUCAACCCGGCCGAAUUCGCCCGGUUCCAACAACAGAGUCGAACUGGCAUGCCCCAGGCGGCUCACCCCUCCGUCGCCUCCGCCCCGUCCCCGAUGCUGGCUGGUUACCAGCGUCCUAUGGGCUACAUGGGCAUUGGGGGUAUGGGGAUGAUGCAUCAGAACUUCGGCCCGAUGGCCAUGCAGCAGCAGCAGCAACCGGCCGAGGCCGUCACGCAGGACAAAGGCAAGGGGCGGAUGGUGGAGCUCGAUGACGAGAACUGGGAGGCGCAGUUCGCGGAGAUGGAGACGGCGGAUACCCAGACGCUGGACGAUGCGGCCAACGCAGCCAUGGAGGCAGAGCUGAAUGAGCUGGACAGGUCAGUCCCCACCACCACCUCCACCACCACUACUACUACCGCCAUCGAGGAGAGUUUCGAUGCGUUUGAAAACGUGUGGCAAAGAGUUCAAGCUGAGGCGGCAGUAAAUAGGAAACUGGCGGAGGGUGAGACCGAUUUCAACAUCGACGAGAACCUUCACAUGGGCGAUAUGGGUGACUGGGAUGGAUUCGAGACCCUCAACACGCGGUUCCGCAACCCGCAACUAGGCGAGUACCUGUUCGAGGAAGACAAUGUUUUCCAGAGUGUCAACAACCCAUUCGAAGAAGGUGUCAAGAUUAUGCGGGAGGGUGGCAACUUGUCUCUGGCUGCGCUGGCCUUCGAGGCGGCGGUCCAGAAGGACCCGCAGCACGUACAGGCUUGGACGAUGCUGGGGACCGCGCAGGCCCAGAACGAGAAAGAAUUGCCCGCGAUCCGAGCUCUGGAGCAAGCCCUGAAGAUCGAUGCUGGCAACUUGGAUGCGCUCAUGGGUCUGGCCGUCUCUUACACCAAUGAGGGCUACGAUUCUACCGCCUACCGUACUUUGGAGCGCUGGCUCUCCGUCAAGUACCCGCAGAUCAUCAAUCCCAAGGAUGUAUCCGAAGACGCCGACCUUGGGUUCACGGAUCGUCAGCUGCUCCAUGACCGAGUCACCGAUCUCUUCAUCCAGGCUGCUCAACUGUCUCCGUCGGGUGAGCAGAUGGAUCCGGACGUGCAGGUGGGUCUGGGUGUUCUGUUCUACUGCGCAGAAGAGUACGACAAGGCGGUCGACUGCUUCUCGGCUGCGCUGGCCUCGACGGAGUCUGGAACCACAAAUCAGCAGGAGCAGCUGCACCUACUCUGGAACCGCCUCGGUGCCACGCUGGCCAACUCCGGUCGGUCCGAGGAGGCCAUCGAGGCGUACGAGCAGGCGCUGAACAUCAACCCCAACUUCGUCCGGGCUCGCUACAAUCUGGGCGUUUCCUGCAUCAACAUUGGCUGCUACCCGGAGGCCGCGCAGCACCUUUUGGGCGCUUUGUCGAUGCAUCGGGUCGUCGAGCAAGAGGGUCGGGAACGGGCGCGCGAGAUCAUCGGCGGCGAGGGAGGCAUUGCCGACGAACAGCUGGAACGCAUGCUCCAUGUCAGCCAGAACCAAAGCACCAACCUGUACGACACGCUGCGGCGGAAAAUAAUGGCUGCCGUCACCGGUGCCCAGAUCAUCGCCCGGACGCUGCGCGAUCUCGGCGUCACCGUGAUCUUUGGCAUCGUCGGCAUCCCCGUCGUGGAGAUUGCCGAGGAGGCCAUCAAUUUGGGCAUUCGAUUCGUGGCCUUCCGCAACGAGCAGGCUUGCAGCUAUGCCGCCAGUGUUUAUGGAUACAUGACCGGACAACCCGGUGUCUGUCUCGUCGUGGGAGGACCGGGCGUUCUUCAUACUUUGGCCGGGAUAGGCAAUGCAACCGCCAACAACUUCCCCUUACUGGUGCUGGCCGGUUCGGCCGAGACCACCGCAAUCACCAAAGGCGCUUUCCAGGAACUCGACGCCAUCUCCUUCCUGACGCCACACACCAAGCUGGCGGUGCGCGCCUCCUCGCUCGACUUCAUCCCGGGAGCGGUGAAGAACGCCUACCGGACCUGCUGGUACGGUCGUCCGGGCCCAACCUUCGUCGACCUGCCCGCCGACAUCAUCCAGGGUCGCGCAACCGCUGCGGCGGACUACCAUCGGCUGCUGCUGCCUCCGCCGGAGACCAUGCGGGUGCCCGCGCCGCCCAAGGCCAGCGGCGACCCGGCGCUAAUCCUCAAGGCGGCGCAGCUGCUGAAGACGGCCCAGGCGCCGCUGCUGGUGCUGCGCCAGCUCGUCGACCGCACGGGGCUCCCUUUCCUCCCGACCCCGAUGGGCAAGGGGGUGUUGUCGGACUCGCACGCGCGCAACGUGUCGAGCGCGCGCAGCGCGGCGCUGAAACACGCGGACGUGGUGCUCGUGCUCGGCGCGCGCCUCAACUGGAUCCUCCACUUCGGCGAGGCGCCCAAGUGGUCCCCCACGGCUAAGAUUAUCCAGGUCGAUCUGUGUGCCGAGGAGAUCGGGCGCAAUGCCGGCGCCGCGGAGCUGGGCAUCGUCGGCGACAUCUCCUUGGUCGUGGACCAGCUGGUCGCCGCCCUGGCGAAUUGGCGCUAUGCUCCGGUUGCUAGUAUUGGUGGGGCCUCUGACAAGACCUUCCUGGACACCGCGGCCCAGGCAGCCAACCGCCCGACCCCGAAGGAUGCCCCGAUGACGUACCAGCGGGCUUUCCACCUGAUCAAGUCGACGCUGGACGAGCUGACUCAUAAGGCAGGCAGCGACGUGGUGUAUGUGUCCGAGGGCGCGAACACAAUGGACAUCUCGCGGUCCAUCUUCAGCGUCGACCACCCGCGCCAGCGACUGGACGCAGGAACCUACGCGACGAUGGGCGUGGGGAUGGGGUAUAUCGCCGCGGCGCAUGAAGCGUACAACGCGAUGCCCGGUGCAGCAUCAGGAGCUUGCUCCCCGUCGAAGCCAAAGAAAAUCGUCGCUUUCGAAGGCGACAGCGCCUUCGGGUUCAGCGCCAUGGAGAUCGAGACCCUGGCGCGGUACCGCAUCCCCGCGCUGAUCUUCGUGGUCAACAACUCGGGCAUCUACCACGGGGACACGACCUCGGCGGCCGAGUGGACGACGCUGCAGGAUCAGACGGCGCGGAAUGAUACCAAGGCGAGCGGGGAGGGGACGCGGGGCCUGCGGUCGACCAGUCUGCUGUAUGAGACCCGGUAUGAGAUGUUGGCGACCAUGUGCGGCGGCCGGGGGUUCUUUGUGCGGACGGAGGAGGAGCUGGUCGAGGCCACGCGGCAGGGGUUCGCGAGCGAGCAGGUCACGGUGGUGAAUGUCAUUGUCGAGCCGGGGAUCGGCAAGAAGAUUGGGUUUGCGUGGCAGAAUAAUGGUGAGCGUGAGCGUGAGCCGCAGGCGAAACUUUAG